GGAUUCUGGGAGACAGAACAGGAGACGCCAGCAGUUCGCCGCGGGAACCUCCAGUGGGCUGCGGUCCGCUCCCAGUCUCACUCGAGCAGGCCCCGCCCUCCCAGAGGCCGUUAGUCCCAGUCACGUGAUCAUCGACUCAGCUGACCCUGCGGGACCGGAAAAAGGAAUUCCCGGGCCCUGGCUUCCUGGCGCGAUGAGGUUCCGGUUCUGUGGUGAUCUGGACUGUCCCGACUGGGUCCUGGCAGAGAUCAGCACGCUGGCCAAGAUGUCCUCUGUGAAGUUGCGGCUUCUCUGCAGCCAGAUACUAAAGGAGCUGCUGGGGCAGGGAAUUGAUUAUGAGAAGAUCCUGAAGCUCACGGCUGACACCAAGUUUGAGUCAGGCGAUGUGAAGGCCACAGUGGCAGUGCUGAGUUUCAUCCUCUCCAGUGCAGCCAAGCACAGUGUCGAUGGCGAAUCCUUGUCCAGUGAACUGCAGCAGCUGGGGCUGCCCAAAGAGCACGCAGCCAGCCUGUGCCGCUGUUACGAGGAGAAGCAAAGCCCCUUGCAGAAGCACUUGCGGGUCUGCAGCCUACGCAUGAACAGGUUGGCAGGUGUGGGCUGGCGGGUGGACUACACCCUGAGCUCCAGCCUGCUGCGGUCCGUGGAAGAGCCCAUGGUGCACCUGCGGCUGGAGGUGGCAGCUGCCCCAGGGACCCCAGCCCAGCCUGUUGCCAUGUCCCUCUCAGCAGACAAGUUCCAGGUCCUCCUGACAGAAUUCAUAUGCUGAAGGCUUUGUCCACAUGCACGCACCACCAGAUAAGGACCAUGUGAGCAUACAACGAGAAGGUGGCUGUCUACAAGGCCAGGAGGAGAGCUGUCAGCAGGAACUGAGUCUGCUGGCACCUUGAUCUUGAACUUCCCAGCCUCCAGAACUGUGAGAAAUAAAUCUCUGUGGUGUAAGCCACCAGUCUAUAUUGUUAAUAGCAGCUUGAGAAGACUAAGGCAGAUGGGCUCCCAGGACUGGGCCAGACCAGCCAGGGCCCCUUGUAGAAAAGGCUGAUGCCAGAGUUGGCACAUGGAGGGUACAAGAAGGACCCGCCUGGAGUAUCUUUCAGUGUAAGGAACCUAUCAAAGAAUAAUGGCUUAUUCCACUGGCCAAAGAUGAGACAAUUUGAACAUCAAAAGAGAUAAGUACUGACUCUACUCCUGACUUCUGGAAAAAUGAAGUAGGUGUUUUCCCUAUUCCUCCCACUAAGUACAGUUAACAACCCUGGAUGUUACAUAUAAAACAAACUAAAAGACUGAGCGAUGGAGAGAAGGGAGCCUAUCCUGGCUGGGAUCCUCAGGACCUGAGGCUCCACACAGCAGAGAAAUUCCUGGAAUCUGGACCCCACGGCCCAGUCAGGUUGACACAUAAAACUGAUCAUGACCGAUCUGUAGGACUACACAAAAGUGCUAACAUUCAUUAUUAGCGUCUCAGAAGGUUAAGGAGGAAGAGAGUGGAAUGGAAAAAGUAUUCAAAGAAAUAAUAACUAAAGGCCAGGUGCAGUGGCUCAUGCCUGUAAUCCCAGCACUUUGAGAGGCUGAGGUGGGAGGAUUGCUUUAGACCUUGUGCCUGGCCUGAGCAACAUAGGGAGACUCAGUCUCUACAAAAAAAAAAUUAGGCCUGUGCCGCUGUUAUGAGGAGAAGCAAAGCCCCUUGCAGAAGCACUUGCGGGUGGUGCAUGCCUAUAGUCUCAGCUACUCAGAAGGCUGAGGCAGGA